GCGCCGCUUGCUGCUGCCGGAGGAUCCGGAUCCAUUGCGUCUGAUUGCGUCUCACCGCCUGUACGUGGCUUGUUAGUGCACUUGUGCUGCAUGACUUUCACCACCGACUCACGGAUCUCAACAACGCCACACCUUCAGUCGUGAUACAACCAUGAUUACGGUGAAGCAACAGCUUCUGUCGGGGCCUCUCUAUGUGUAUGGAAACCACGAUUGCAGCACUUGAAGCAGCAGCAGCUGAACCAGGAUGCUUGAACUGAGCGACGCCCAGAAGCUGAUGAUCAUGGCGGCUUGUGCGGGUCUAGUGUCGGCCACCAUCCUGGUCACCGUGUGUGUCGUCACUCCGCACUGCUGGUUCUAUCAAUGCAUCUGGGGAAGGCGCGAGGAACGCGAUCGUCGCAAGAAGCUCCUCUACGGGUCCGACCUGAUUCCACUCCCUGAAUGCCCCGUGACCACGAAGCCCGUUCCUACCACACAGGACGAUUCCCCGACACCGACCGUGUUGGGGUUCACCCGAGGGAAACCCGCACGGGAUUCCACCUACAGCAGCAUGUCUGCAAGCAGCAAAGGAGGGACAUCCACGCAGAGCGAAAACUCCGGUGACUUGGUGGAUCCUAUCGAAGAUGAAGACGACGCCGUGUACGGCCACGUGUCCAUGACGCUUACCUACCAGCCUCAACUGUCCACCAGUCAGACCUCUACUCCCGUGGGGGGAAGACUUCUCAUCCAUCUCAAGGACGUUCAGGACCUUCCGUCGCGACAAUACGGUGGCUUGUGCGACCCGUACGCAGUCCUCAAGAUCCUCAAGGGACGUGGCAAGAAGCGUCGUAGUGGUGCGGGCAGCAGCCUGAGACGUCCAAGCUGCAUCAGCGGCAACGGGGGCAGCGGUGGCACUGGGGGACAUAGGAUCUGCCAGUACCAGACGCAAGUCAUGCGCAAGACCCAGUGCCCGCUCUUCAACGAGACCUUCGCCGUGGACCUCACCAAGAACGACCUCAAGGAUUGCUCCUUGCAGGUGGCUGUUUACGACGUUGAUAAGUACUCAAAUGACACACAAAUCGGAGAGUCAACUCUGAGCCUAAAAGAACUUCAGCUGAUAGAGAAUCCCGAAGAACGACUCAUCACAGUAGAUCUCAGGGAACCUAAACAGUACAACGGUGAAAUCUUGUUCGGACUCAACUACCUGCCCACAGCUGAGCGGCUCACGAUCAACGUCAUGAAAGCCAGUAACCUCAUUUCGCCGUUGAAUAAUGUCGAGUCAUUCUACCCCUGCGUACGGGCCCUGCUAUUCCACAACGGCAAACUGAAAAAGAAGAAAAAGACGGCACCACAGAACGGCACACUCUGCCCCGUGUUCAACGAGUCCCUCACCUUUGAUGUCCCGCAGGCUGAGCUGGACCGCGUCGUCUUUCUAAUCGUUGUCAGUCAUCGGGACCCGAACCAGGGGGGGACAAUCUCGUCCCCGGAGUCACCCACGACACCCGUAGGAGCUCAGCAGGGUGGCCAACCCCAACAGCACGUCGGCAAAGUGCUCCUGGGCUCCAGCAGCCAUGGGAGUCUGCUGCAGCACUGGAACGCUAUGAAGCAGAGCCCCAGGAAGCAAGUGACCCAGUGGCAUACCCUAAGAUAAUGUGUCACUAGUCACGAAGAUGUUUGCUGAUUAUGACGAGCAAAUCACAGCGUAACUCUUGGAAGUCUAGUCCAAAGCCUAGUCCACAGCCUAGUCCACAGCCUAGUCCACGUCGCGUGUGGUAUAUCGUAGACACAAACGCCGGACGUCUUCAGUGUGCACCAAGGUCUCAAUAUUGGGCGUACACUCUUGUCCUCUGAAGGACAGUGAUCAUGUGUGUUCCUGACAUGAGUGAGCAUGUUUCGUUAUUGGCCCAUUGAUACCACAUCUAGUUUCAAUCAAUCGAUGGUGAACCAAUGGAUCAUACCAGAUAACCAAAGACAGGCAGUAAUUUUGUUUUCGUACUCGCUGUUAUCAGGGCGGCCAUAAUGAUACUUCCCGGGACAAGGCUCCUGAUAUGAGUUUUGGUCAGUGUAUAUCAAGUGGUGCAAAGGAUGGACUUAUCACACAGCGUGUGUUAAGAACCGAAAGGUAUGUUGUGAUAAGAACUUGUGGCUAAUGAAUAUGUGAUAAGUUGGAACGACACUGCGCAGUGUGAAAGGUAUGUUCUGAUAAGAACUGCAAGGGAACUCGCGGCUGAUAAGUAUACACCAGCACAAGCCAGAAAGGAAGAAAGCCGAUAGUAGGAAGGAAGCACAUAUGGCACGUGUGAUUUCCUUCUCUCUGGCUUGGGCGGUAGACAGUUUUCAACUGCGCUUUCAGUACGGCUAGGGUGCCUUAGGGUGCUAGGGCUCCCUCUGCACAGAGGGAGCUCGUAUUCAUGCACCCUAAGUAUGGCGUAUAUGAUAUGUUGGCACGACAGUGUGCAGUGAUUCUGGGCAGCAUAAUCACUAUGUGUAUAUAUAGCUGGUUUCAAUGUGCUUCAGUGGUGGUUGUGCUUUAGCUCUGCACAAUGUCUCUUACUUUUUAGUUAGGUAAGUGGUUUAAGUACAAAGCUAUUUUUUUAUAUUUUGGCAAUUCUAUUUUCUGAGCACAAGCUAUUUUUUUUAACGUGAGAGGGCUUCUGGUUGAUGGAAGAGCAAGCUCCAAACUAUGACAAAAGUUGCAAUGUCGGGGAUGUAAAAACGCGGAAAAUUGCGCAAGAUGUCACUUCAGAGAUUUACUUCAAAUGGACUCAUUUGAAUUUUCUAGAAGUACGAAGAAAGAAUACGAACGAGUUCAGCUCCACUCUUGA